UUUGUUUGUUUUUUAAUGGUUGAUAUUUUCCUUGUUUCAGCAAAACCGUUUACAUCUAAAGUGAAACAGAUGAGACUACAUAAAGAAGACUUUGAAAUCCUGAAGGUGAUUGGUCGAGGAGCCUUCGGUGAGGUUGCAGUAGUAAAACUGAAAAAUGCAGAUAAGGUUUUUGCCAUGAAGAUACUUAAUAAGUGGGAGAUGCUGAAGAGAGCUGAAACAGCAUGUUUUCGAGAAGAGAGAGAUGUAUUAGUGAAUGGAGAUAACCAGUGGAUCACAACGUUACAUUAUGCAUUCCAGGAUGAAAACUAUUUAUACCUGGUUAUGGAUUACUAUGUUGGAGGAGACCUGCUUACGUUGCUCAGCAAGUUUGAGGACAGACUACCUGAAGAUAUGGCUCGUUUCUAUUUGGCUGAAAUGGUGAUAGCUAUUGAUUCUGUUCAUCAGCUGCAUUAUGUCCACAGGGAUAUUAAACCAGACAACAUUUUGAUGGAUAUGAAUGGACAUAUUCGAUUAGCAGAUUUUGGUUCUUGUCUGAAACUGAUGGAAGAUGGAACGGUCCAAUCUUCAGUGGCAGUUGGAACGCCAGACUACAUCUCUCCAGAAAUCUUACAGGCCAUGGAAGACGGAAAAGGGAAGUAUGGGCCUGAGUGUGACUGGUGGUCCCUGGGCGUUUGCAUGUAUGAAAUGCUUUAUGGAGAAACACCCUUUUAUGCUGAGUCCUUGGUGGAGACCUAUGGGAAAAUAAUGAACCACAAAGAGAGGUUUCAGUUUCCUGCUCAAGUGACAGAUGUCUCUGAAAGUGCAAAGGACCUCAUCCGAAGGCUCAUUUGUAGCAGAGAACAUCGACUUGGACAGAAUGGGAUAGAAGACUUUAAGAACCAUCCAUUUUUUGCUGGGAUUGAUUGGGACAACAUUAAAAACUGUGAUGCACCUUACAUCCCAGAAGUCAGUAGCCCCACUGAUACGUCAAACUUUGAUGUGGAUGAUGAUUGCUUAAAAAAUUCUGAGACAAUGCCUCCACCAUCACACACUGCAUUUUCUGGCCAUCAUUUACCAUUUGUGGGUUUCACAUAUACGAGUAGCUGUGUGCUUUCAGACCGCAGCUGCCUCAGACUGACAGCUGGACCACCCUCCAUGGAUCUUGAUGCGAGUAUUCAAAGAACUUUGGAGGACACUUUAGCAACAGAAGCUUAUGAGAGGAGAAUAAGACGUUUAGAACAGGAAAAGCUUGAACUUAGUAGAAAACUGCAAGAGUCUACCCAGACAGUCCAGGCUCUGCAGUAUUCAACAGUGGAUGGCCCAAUUACAGCAAGCAAAGAUUUAGAAAUUAAAAGCUUAAAAGAAGAAAUUGAAAAGUUGAAGAAACAGGUAACAGAUUCUGGUCAGCUAGAACAGCAACUUGAAGAGGCCAGCACUGCAAGGCGGGAAUUGGAUGAUGCUUCCAGACAAAUAAAGGCUUUUGAGAAACAAGUCAGAACACUGAAGCAAGAGAGGGAAGAUCUUAAUAAGGAACUGGCAGAGUCUAGUGACAGAUUAAAAUCCCAAGCCAAAGAGUUGAAAGAUGCACACAGCCAGCGGAAAUUGGCAAUGCAGGAGUUCUCAGAGAUGAACGAGCGGCUGACAGACUUGCACUCUCAAAAACAAAAGCUUGCCCGCCAGCUCCGAGAUAAGGAGGAAGAAAUGGAAGUGGUGAUGCAAAAAGUAGAAAGUUUAAGGCAAGAGUUACGCAGAACAGAGAGACUUAAAAAAGAACUGGAAGUCCAAGCUGAAGCUGCAGCUGCUGAAGCAUCCAAAGACAGGAAAUUACGAGAGAAGAGUGAGCAGUAUUCUAAAGAGUUGGAAAGUGAAGUAGAAGGGCUAAAGCAAAAACAGGUUGGUCGCUCACCUGCUGUAAGCUAUAUAGAAUACCAGCAAGAGAUCACUAAAUUAAAGGCAGACCUGGAAAAGAAAAGUGUUUUCUAUGAAGAAGAACUAUCUAAACGUGAAAUAAUGCAUGCUAAUGAGAUAAAAAGUCUGAAGAAAGAACUACGGGAUGCAGAGAGCCAGCAGCUUGCCCUCAAGAAGGAGAUCAUGAUUUUGAAAGACAAGCUAGAGAAAACCAGAAGAGAAAACCAAAGUGAAAGAGAGGAGUUUGAAACAGAGUUCAAACAGAAGUAUGAAAGAGAAAAGAUUCUUCUAACAGAGGAAAACAAAAAACUUUCAAAUGAACUUGAUAAACUCACCACCAUGUUUGAGAGGCUGAGUAUGAAUAACCGGCAGCUGGAAGAAGAGAUGAGAGACCUAGCUGAUAAAAAGGAGUCUGUGGCCCACUGGGAGGCCCAAAUUACUGAGAUCAUCCAGUGGGUAAGUGAUGAAAAAGAUGCUCGAGGUUAUCUUCAAGCCUUGGCCUCUAAAAUGACGGAAGAACUAGAGGCCCUGAGGAACUCCAGUUUGGGUGCAAGAGCUACGGAUAUGCCAUGGAAGAUGCGUCGCUUUGCAAAGCUGGAUAUGUCUGCAAGGUUGGAACUGCAGUCGGCUCUUGAUGCUGAAAUCCGAGCCAAACAGGCUAUUCAGGAUGAGUUGAAUAAAGUCAAAGCUUCCUGUAUCUCUACAGAGUGUAAAUUGCAAGAAUCUGAGAAGAAGAACUUGGAACUGUUGACAGAUAUUGAAAGGCUGAAAAAGGAGACAGAAGAGCUUAGAUCAGAAAAGGGUGUAAAGCACCAAGACUCACAGAAUUCUUUCUUGGCAUUUUUGAAUGCGCCUACCUCUGCUCUGGAUCAAUUUGAAGAUUCCUUUUCCUCCUCUUCAUCCUCAUUGAUUGAUUUUAUGGAUGACCGCUCUCCUUCCUGUAUUCCAGCUAACAGAGGCAGAUGUAUUGAUUCAGUUGAGAAUUUUACAUUGUCUAAUACACCAUCACGGGAUGAAGAUACCAAGUCUCACCUCCAUUCAAGAUCAAGAUCUCCUUCUACAGCAAGUGAAACUGAACCCAUAGAGGUUAUGGAUCAUCCUCCCCGUUCAAUUCACACGCCAACCAUGAAGACAGCAUAUAUUGGAUCGGGACUUUCUGCACUAAAGCCUAAAGCACAUCAGUUUGUAGUGAAAUCAUUUAAUACCCCAACAAAAUGCAACCAAUGCACAUCUCUGAUGGUUGGUUUAAUAAGACAGGGCUGCACUUGUGAAGUAUGUGGAUUCUCCUGCCACGUGACCUGUGCAGACAAGGCCCCUGCAGUAUGUCCAAUCCCUCCUGAACAGACUAAGGGCCCUUUGGGAAUAGAUCCACAGAAAGGUAUAGGAACAGCUUACGAAGGACAUGUCCGAGUACCAAAACCAGCUGGAGUAAAGAAAGGUUGGCAGAGAGCGCUGGCAGUGAUCUGUGAUUUUAAACUCUUCCUGUAUGAUAUAGCAGAAGGAAAAGCAUCCCAGCCCAGUGUGAUAGUGAGUCAAGUCAUUGACAUGAGGGAUGAAGAAUUCUCAGUGAGUUCUGUCCUGGCUUCAGAUGUCAUCCAUGCAAAUCGAAAAGAUAUCCCCUGUAUCUUUCGAGUCACAGCUUCCCAGCUCUCUGCAUCCAGUAAUAAGUGUUCAAUCCUGAUUCUAGCAGACGGUGAGAAUGAAAAAAGCAAAUGGGUAGGAGUGCUCAAUGAAUUGCAUAGGAUCUUGAAGAAGAACAAACUCAAAGACCGCUCAGUCUAUGUUCCCAAAGAAGCUUAUGAUAGCACCUUACCCCUCAUCAAAACAACACAGUCAGCAGCAAUCAUAGACCAUGAAAGAAUAGCACUGGGGAAUGAAGAAGGGUUAUUUGUUGUGCAUGUCACCAAAGACGAGAUUAUCCGUGUUGGUGACAAUAAGAAGGUUCAUCAGAUUGAGCUUAUCCCAAAUGAACAGCUCAUUGCAGUAAUCUCAGGACGAAACCGUCAUGUGCGGCUUUUCCCCAUGGCAGCGCUGGAUGGAAGAGAGACUGAGUUUUAUAAGUUGGCAGAAACAAAAGGCUGCCAGUCAAUAGUUUCUGGACACGUACGCCAUGGAGCCUUUACAUGCUUGUGUGUAGCUAUGAAAAGGCAGGUCCUCUGUUACGAACUAAAUCAGAGCAAGACACGCCACAAAAAGAUCAAGGAGAUCCAAGUUCAGGGGAAUGUCCAGUGGAUGUCAGUCUUCAGUGACCGUCUUUGUGUAGGCUACCAGUCAGGUUUCUUAAAAUAUCCCCUUCAUGGAGAAGGCAGCCCAUACAGUCUGCUCCACCCAGAUGACCACACACUAUCAUUUAUCUCACAGCAGCCAACUGAUGCCAUCUGUGCAGUCGAAAUCUCAAAUAAAGAAUACCUGCUGUGUUUUAGCAGCGUAGGGGUUUAUGUUGAUUGCCAGGGCCGAAGGUCUAGACAACAAGAAUUGAUGUGGCCUGCAACUCCAUCAUCUUGCUGUUACAAUGCACCGUACCUCUCUGUGUAUAGUGAAAAUGCAAUUGAUAUCUUUGACGUGAAUUCCAUGGAGUGGAUUCAGACUAUUCCUCUCAAAAAGGUACGACCCUUGAAUACAGAAGGAUCGCUCAACCUUUUAGGAUUGGAAACAAUUAGGUUAAUAUAUUUCAAGAACAAAAUGGCAGAGGGCGAUGAGCUGGUAGUUCCUGAGACAUCAGAUAACAGCCGGAAGCAAAUGGUUCGAAAUAUCAACAAUAAGCGCCGUUAUUCAUUCAGAGUACCAGAGGAGGAGAGGAUGCAGCAGAGAAGGGAGAUGCUACGUGAUCCAGAAAUGAGAAAUAAAUUAAUUUCUAACCCAACUAAUUUUAACCACAUAGCACAUAUGGGUCCAGGUGAUGGUAUUCAAAUUCUCAAAGACCUUCCAAUGAAUCUUCGGCCUCAGGAAAGUCGGACUGUGUUCAGUGGCUCUGUCAGUAUCCCGUCGAUCACGAAAUCCCGCACAGAACCAGGACGAUCAAUGAGCGCAAGCAGCGGGUUAGCAGCAAGAUCAUCUGCACAGAACGGCAGUGCGUUGCGGAGGGAAUUCUCAGGAGGUAGCUAUGGAGCAAAGCGUCAGCCGAUGGCAUCGCCCUCAGACGGCUCGUUGUCCUCUGGUGGCCUGGACCAAGGCAGUGACGCACCAACAAGGGACUACGAGCGAGAGGACUCUGACUCUCCAAGGCACUCUACUGCGUCGAACAGCUCCAACCUCAGCAGCCCUCCCAGUCCAGUUUCUCCUCACAAGACCAAGAGCCUCUCCCUGGAGAGCUCUGACCAUGUGAGUUGGGACUCAUGAACUGCUUCAGCUUUCAGAUUCGACAUCACAGCAGCUUGCUGUCCCCUUCACCUGUUCCGGUUCCCACCUUCAUCAUCUUAACCCUCCCCAUUGCCCAUCUCAGUGAUCUGGGAGUGGGCUAGAGAGGCUGGUCGUCUUCAGCACCGUUCAGCACUGCCUCACCCUCUCUUCCCCAGAUUUGACAGCAGCAAAUGAGCAAAGCUAGGCUGUUGGUAAAUACCAGAUGCUGUUAGAUUUGUAUUAGUAUUGGUUUCAUUUUUGUGGUUACAGCUGCUUUAAAGACAUAUUUAUCCCACCCCCCAAUUCCCUCAAAAGUAGCUUAAAUAGACCAGACCAGUGUCAACAGGAGAAAAUUUAGAGGGAUUCUUUUUUUUCAUGCAAUAGCUUGUUGUACUGUACAAAAGUAGCACAGAGACCCCUUCCCCUGCAUGGGGAACGAUCAGUAUGUCAGAGGCACAUAAAAGCUUUCAGCCACCACAUUUGAAUGUCAAUCUGAUUGUUGCCAGCAAAUCCUUAUUGAUUAAGAUGAUGCAUAUUUUACUACCGUACAGAGUUUAAAUAAAUACACAGAUGUUAGAGUAAAAUAUGUAUGUAUAUAUUUAAAAAAACUAAAAAAAAAGAAAAAAAAAAAAAGUGUAUGCAGCAGAAGAUGGAUGCUUAUUUAAGAGAGCCUUUAAUUUAAGAUUUGUGUUGUCCCUGUUUUCAUGCUUGGUGAUAUACAGACUUGCAGGCCUGGCCUAAAACCUGUUGCAGGACAGAUAUUCAUUUACUCAUUUUGCGUACCAUUUGCCGCACUGCCAGGAGUCCCUGCAGUACUUUCACAUUUCUUCACUUCUGGCAGUAGUAUAGCUGAGGCUGUAAUUCCCGCUUUCAUGUUACUCCUCCUCCUUUGCAAAAAUGACAAUGAUUGGAAAGCAACCCCUGCCCUGAAAACCAAGGGCCCCGGUCAGCCACGCGGCUGCCCUGGUUUCUUUGUGCUAGCUGUGCAGCUGAGCUACCUUACGGCAUGCUAUGGUAGAGGUUCUUAGAGCAACAAGGGAGCUCAGAGCCGCAGGAUUCAGCAGGAAAACUGCUUCCCUGGGUCAGCCUUUGGCCAGGUUUAACUAGGAAGGGAGCAGCCUUCCACCUCCCUUUCAUCAUCCCUAAACAGAAAACUGUUACCGUUGUUACCAAAUACUAGUUUAUAAUACACCAACCAAAUGAGUGCUCUUAUCCCGAAGCUAGCCGUCGCUGGCUGUGCUGUCACUGUAGCAAUGAAGAACCUUGAAGACUGACCUCAUACUGUUCACACUGUGGUCAUCGAAGAUGCCUAGUCACCCACAACUGCCAUGCUGGCAAGGUUGGUUUUCCUCUCCCAAUUCUCUGUGGGUUUGUGCAAUUUGCAGUUGUUUCUGUGUGCUCACCUGCUGUUUGGUUCCAGUAGCAGUUCAGGAGGCCAGAAAGUAUUGCAGUGAAUGACAGAGCCCACUGCAGCUGCAGAAAUAAGUAAAAAGCUGAAGCUGGUCGUGCAGUCAACAGAAUAACGUGAGAGACCGAUGUACAAAUGUAUGGUAAGAGCAGAUGUCUCAUCCCUUCAGUUAGCAAGGCUGAUGUGUUUUUCAUUUGGGAGUGUUCAGACAAGCCUCUUUUCUCAGUAGUAUUGUUGCUGGUGUUAUACUAGUACCAUACUCAAACACGUAAGGGUUUUUUGCAUUUAGAAUACUGUUUUUUGGUGGGUUUCAGAAACUUGCUGUGGCUCUUAAACCAUUACAUAUUCUUGCGGUCAGCAGUGAUAGAGUGUUUCACCCACAUAGAGAUGUUUGGAGUUUUCCAGUUUGUGUCUUCUGUAAUGGAAGUUAUAGGUAAGUUCAAACUGUGUACAGUAAUUUCCAGGUAUGAUCUCAAUGUGAAACAGGGAACGAGACAGAUCAUUGCCUGUACCAUUUUGUCAUACUGGGUCUCCUAAGAUUUCUCUUUCACUCUGAAUCAAAAGGCUUGUCAAAGUUUAAGCUCAUUAAAUACUCUUUGGGGACAGGAAUUCAGUAUUAUUUUUGAAACCAUCACAUCAGAAACCUGUCUCUUUCCCCGAUCUGGGUUUUUCAGAGUAGCAAGAUGGUAGUGUGUGGUUUUUUGUUUUGUUUUCACUUCAAAGCUACUACUUUUGCAAGCCUGGCAUUUAAUAUUAAAAGCUUUAGCAAACAGUUAAGCACUUGAAAUUAAUUCCUUCCAGAAGAGGUUUUCAUCUUUCUGAGGGACAGAUAGGCAGGGCAUUAUUGAACUCCACAUCAGCUUCUUUUUAAAGGCUGCAUAUUGCUUCAAGUAUAGCCACUCCUUUUUUCCCCCAAUUUCAUCCUGUUGGUGAAGCAUGGCCACACACUUUUCAAAGACUUUGCAGACUAAGUUUUGUAUUUACUGUAUGUUGUAUUUAAAUAUUAAUGUUAUUUUGCUAUUCAGAGAAGGCAUUUAAACAGCAGUCAUUUAAGACAGAGCAGCCUGUGUGACAGGUCCCCUGGGAGAGGGUCACAGCAUCUUUUUUAUGCAUUUAUUUUUUUCAGUUGAGCUAAUGUUCUACAUGAAAAUGGAACCCAAAGAGCCACUACACAGAACACAAUUAAAAUGACUACAUGUGCAUGUUUGCUAUGUUACAGCACCUGAAAGGUAUUGAUAGCCCAAACCGACAUUUUCAGGCAGAGCAGAGGUCAGCUGCGUUACAACACUAAGAUCCACAGGACGAGCUCCACAGGCCUAUGCUGUUUGCACACCACAAUUUUUAAGCUUUGGCAGUCUCCUUUAGGAUUACUGUAUUUAAUCAUUUGUUUGGUACUGUGUAUUUUUAUAUGCAUCUGUUAGAAACAGAAACUGUUCUCUCAGUUGAAACACAAAUGACUUAGAUCACUUACCUGAAAGGAGAAAGGGUGGCCUAGGACUUGAGUAGUUUUUAUACAUUUGGGGGCCAUUUGAUUAUACACAAUUUUAAACCACACUCAUCUUUUUUUUUGUUGUUAUGAACACUGAAAACAAAAGCAUACUGUAGCUGAGCUUUUUGAAUACUUAUUGGCUAGGAAAAGUAACUUGGUCAUUUGAACCGUUGAAGACUUUUGCCUGGUAUCUUAAAGACAGUUGUCUCUUAAGGCUACUUUGCACUGUAGCAUUGUUUCAACUCCACAAGUAGAGGGCUGCAAUUUGUCCAGGGAGCUUAAAAAUCUCCGCCUUUUUUUUUUAACUGUAGCAUAUGUUCUGUGUACACAAUAUGUAUUUAGCUGUUUAUUUCUUUUUGGCUGAGACUGAAGGUAGCUUGCAUUUAUGACACUACUUAAAAAUAUGGGUUAUUGGUUUUGUUGUUGUUGUUUUUUCCUCUUUUAUUUUGGUGGCAACAGGAGAUCUGAAGAGUCAGGCAGCUACUAAGGACUCCAGGUUAGAGAAUGAAAAAGGUUUGGUCAGUAGCUUUCCCCUGCACGUGCAUGGACAUAGGCAUGUGGCUUUCCACAUUUCGUAAACCCCAAAACAGGGUCAUAGUACUUUCUUCUCUGUUGUGCCUGAGCUGCAGAAAACAGGCGAUGGUGUCAAAAAACAUUCCUGUUUCUGACGAAGUAGCUUCUUUUCCUCUUGGUUGCUGCAGCUUGUUACAAUGUGUAUUUUUGUCCAUUUUAACAAGUUUCAAAACUAAGUCAAAAAUUCUGUCUUUAAUUGUUCUAAAAUUAACAGCCAAUAUGUUUUCCUCAUAGAUGCAGCAGAGGGGAGUAAAGGGGCUCGUCGUACCAAAAACCAAAGUCCACAAAGCAUAGUAUUUUUAGAGAAAUGGAGAUUAACCACACCUAACCGGCUCACGGAGCAUCAGCCUUUCAAAACACUUGAACUAGUAAGAGAAAAAGAUACUAGCAUCAGCCAGACCCUAAAUAACAGGACAAACAUGCUCUUGGGUAGUAGUUUCUUGUUCAAUUUUGUGUAUGUUGUUUAGCUUAAAUGAAUACAUUAAGGGCAAAACCUAUCGCGGUGCAAUGACCCAUACCUCCUUAGCCUGAGAAUCAGCAGCACGUACAGCUUCUCUGGUGUUUUUCUGUUUGUUUCCACAUAGGAGUCAGUUCCUUGGAGGAAAUGAGACAGUUGUUCUGUACUAACACGAACUGCACCCAUCUGCAUGCUCUGUGUUCAUGCUGUAUUUGAUAGAAGCCCUCAGAAACAUGUCUACUACAGACUUUCCAUUCUAAAUUCAAACUCUGCGUUGUCUUUCUUAAAUGCAGAGGAAAAAAUAGGUUAUACUAAGCUGUGGCUGGAAAGAGUCUCAUCCACAAGGAAGAAAUCCACAAGCAAAUCAGUGUUGAUAUUUCAGAGCAAUUAUAUCUGCCUUUUUAUGUAUGACAGCUUCAUUUAUUUAAAAAAAAUGUUAGGUUUUUCAUUGUAAUAUCAUUGUACAGUUUUGCAUGGCCUAGAUGUAAUCACUUUUGUGUUUUAGAGUAUAAAAGCUGACAAGUGUGCGUGCAGGGGAAAGAUUCUGCUUUUUUUUUUUUUUGCCUCUUCUCACUAUUUUGUUUAAUGCCCUCAGUGUUGUAGGGGACAUUGUAAGAGAUUCUUUGCUACAGAACAAUGAUGUAGAUUCUUUUGCACAGAAAUAUUUAAGGUGGAAAAGUCAACAAUGUAAAAAUGACUUACCACCACUAUUUUAUGUCGGUAACACACUUAAUCUUAACCUACUUUGAUGUACCGCAAUAAAACAGGGAACUGUUAGAAAUGCAGAUGGUUUGUCUUUUUUUCCCCCCCAUACCUCUCCCUGUUAAGGUUCAAGGAGGAAAUGGAAAGGGGAAUAACUGCAUUCUGGAAGAUAAGACCAGCAUGUGACACAUCUGCACAAGCACACACUUGGAAGAAAAGCAGUGGGUGCACAAUUCUAUAUAGCUUUAGCAGCUAAACUUAACAGAACCUUUUUAAAAAUUAAGUCAAGCUGCUUUAUACUUUGGUACAUUGAACUUUAACUACAGUAUUUGUGACCACCUUCUCAGGUCAUUUGUUCUGUGUUGGUAUUUGUAGUCAUUGUUUCUGAGGUGCCUCCUUGAUUUAGUUAUGUGUCAAAUGUUUCAGCUGCCCUAAUGUUGGAGGCUGGAUUCUUACUUAAAUCUGAGCUACCUCCUCCAAACUGAUUCUCCUGCAUCUUUAACUGCAUCUCAGAAUACCUGCAAAGUUAUUCUGAGUGUGUCCUGACCUGGUCUUACCUUCUACCAGUUCCUCCACAAGCCAUGAUAUUUCUUUCCACAGCAGAGACAUUUCGCUGGGACAUCUUCAUUUGUUGUGGUGGUGGUAAUAAGCUUAGCUUUGAUAACAAGCAUCAGUCCCUCCCUCCCUCCCCUCUUCUACAGCAGGAAUACUGUGCUGUUUGUUGGUCCUGCAUUGCAAGCAGUGCCACCCGGCAUCACAAAAGAUCUGUGGUCACGCAAACAGGUACAUAAUGAAUCUCAUCUAGCUGUGCUUACUGGAACUGCAAUGCUCUUCAGUUAUUUUGUUUUCCUUGCAAGUAUUCUGGACAUACUGGCUGUCCACCAUCAGAAACUUUGCUAGUUCCCUUGGCAGCUUUUUGUACUUUGCUUUUUAACAGAAGCAUUUAACAUCGCAAUCCAUUCCACCAUUUUUACAGCUGCAAGGUCUAGAGCCAAAGGAAAAAUAAGUAAGAUACCAGAAUGCAAGGCACUAGGAGAAGUUAGUCCAUUAGUGAAUAAAGUUAAGCAGCUUUAUGCAAAACCGUUACUUUGUUACUAUUACUGACCAGCAGAGUUCACACUUCUCAAAGUAUUAGAAGUAACCUGAUGAGUGGUUUUAGUUGAAUUAAGUACUACUGGAUCUUCCUAAAACAAGCCUUAAAUCAAGCAGUUUAUAUGUUUAUGAUCAUGGAGGAAAGGCAAUACAAUAACCUGUUCUCCUGUUUCUUAUAGAUCCAUACUGAGCGAGACCAUUUAUUCACCUGCUCUUUUUCUCUGAAGUGCCAGCAGUCAGGCUUUCAUACAUAAUGAAGUCUAAGAUCAUAGAGCCUUCUGCCUUCCUGGGCUGUGCUAACCAAGUAGGAUCAGCUGCCUCUAAAUCUCUUGCACUUGACAGACAAGGACACCUGCCUCGCUAGCACCAGAUAAGCAUCAUCUCCAACAGCCACUCUUUCUUCACAAGUGGAGGAAGGGCAAAAAGAGCAGCGCCCAGGAACUCUUUAACAGAGUGAGUAAAAAGGGAAAAGCAAAAGAAAUAGUUACCAGGGAUUUUAGUGGCCAGACUGAUCAAUGUUCAAGCUGACAUCCCUCUGGCUCCUGGUAAACUCAUCAUCACUGUUACCAUGUGACACAGCUGCAAUGGAAAAAUGAAGGAAUGAACAGGCCACAGGUGGCUUUGCAAGGGUAGUAGCAGUUCUUUGAGCAAACAACUACAAAAGGGAUGUGGAAGCUUCCCCUUUCCUGUGCUGUUGUUUAUCUCAGAGAACAGGACAGGAUUUACUUUUGUAGUCACUACACCACCAGAAGAUGGAAAGACAGCAGGCCCACAGCACAAGCACUUUUUUAUUGAAAUCAGAACUCAUACAGGUACAGGCUUUGUACAAAAAACAUCUAAGAAAGUAUAUUUGCUAGCUUGACUCCAAUAGUUUAAAAUUGUGCGUCUGGUUUUAAACGUGUGACAGUUGAAGCUUGAAAUGCUCAUGAGAGACAUUAAGUGUUUGUCUGCCUUGCCGUAAGUUCUACAUUACUGGAAAACAGCCAAAACCCCAGACUAGCUUUCAAGUUAGGAGUCCAGCAAACAACUGGUGUCAGAGAUGUAGCUUAUCUAACUCACCAAAGUCAGUACCUACCUGCCAGUGAAGAAUCCCACUAUUUGUGCUCAGAUGUAGUUCUGUUGAUUAAUAUUUGCCUCCCAGAACUGAGAAGAGUUGUGUGAGUAUGUGUGUUUGAAAGAUAUUGGCACUUAAUUCACAGGUUUAUAAAAUGUUUCCUAUGUUUGCCUUGCAAGCCACAGAGAAGCAGAAAACAUAAAACUUCAUGUUAUGUGUACACACAUCCUUUGCAUUACAUCAGCAUCACUAAAAUCCAGGAAGGUUCUUGGACUGCUGCCACUUGACUUACCAAAACAGGAGAAAGGGGGCUGAGUGCAGCUGUGGUAGGGUAUACCUUAGUAGUUCAUUCUGUAAGUCACAGUAUGAAAGCUACUCGAAUUCCACCUUAGCAUGAAAGCAUGAAGGUUUUUUUU